UGGAGUGAGUCGAGCAGAAGCAGAGUUUGCAGUCUGAGAAGACCCCUGUGCUGUCCAGCCAACUUUUCCACCUCAGUCUUGGAUGCCCCCCCUCCGCCGUCUAGAUCUCCCCAACUCCUCCGUCCUCUUGCUUCCUGUCGUCGACCUCGGUGGCCGCCGCGAGCUGCGGGUGGUUCAUCGCCGUCGACCUCGCCUCUCCGCUCCUUCUGCACUGCCUGUUACCGGCUUCCUGGUGGUCGACCGGUGCGGCGCGGGUCGUCAGUGAAGCUCCGACUAUCCGGAUUGACUCGGAUCGACCUCUCCUCUCGUGGGUUUUUGGAUUUUGAUCAGUUAUAUCAGAGGAGUGCUUAUGGAUGAUUUCAUGGCUGUAGCUUGCUAGGCCCUGCUUUCCUGUUUGUACAGAUACAUCAUGGCACCACGCAGUAGGCCUUCGUCUAAAAGGCCUCUCUGGUUCAUCGUGUUGGUUGCAUUUGUCUGUGCAGUAGCCAUUGGAGCCUACCUUUAUACUCCACGGCAUUACACAGCAUGUUAUCUGGUACCAUCAGAAGCCUGCAAUUCUCGGCCUCCUCCAGAACCUGCUAGGGUAUACACUGAUGAUGAGAUCGCUGCUCGUGCUAUCAUGAGAGACAUCAUCCGGGCACGGCCAGUGCAGUCAAAGAAUCCAAAAAUUGCUUUCAUGUUCUUGACGCCCAGUUCAUUGCCAUUUGAGAAACUGUGGGAAAAAUUCUUCAUGGGACAUGAAGACCGAUACACCAUAUAUGUGCAUGCAUCAAGAGAUAGACCAAUUCAUGCAAGUCCAGUAUUCUCUGGCAGGGAUAUUCGAAGUGAAAAGGUGAUCUGGGGCACAAUUUCUAUGGUUGAUGCUGAAAAGCGGCUCUUGGCCCAUGCCCUACAAGACCCUGAAAACCAGCAUUUUGUCUUGCUUUCUGAGAGCUGUGUCUGUGUGCCACUUCAUAACUUUGAUUAUAUAUAUAGUUAUCUCAUGGAGACAAACGUCAGUUUUGUUGACUGUUUUGAUGAUCCUGGUCCACAUGGAGCAGGUAGAUAUUCUGACCAUAUGUUACCUGAAAUUGUGAAGAAAGAUUGGAGAAAGGGUGCACAGUGGUUUACAGUGAAACGGCAGCAUGCAGUUCUUAUUCUUGCUGACACCCUUUACUAUGGGAAGUUCAAGCGUUACUGUAAGCCAGGAAAUGAGUGGCAUAACUGCUAUUCAGAUGAGCACUACUUGCCAACUCUCUUCAAUAUGGCUGACCCGACUGGAAUUGCAAACUGGUCAGUGACGCACGUAGAUUGGUCCGAAGGGAAAUGGCAUCCCAAAGUCUACAGGGCUGUGGAUACGAGCUUCGAGCUGCUCAAGAACAUCUCGUCCAUUGAUGAGAGCGUCCAUGUCAGCAGCAACGCGAAGCAUGUAGCGCAGAGGAGGCCGUGCGUGUGGAACGGCAUGAAGCGGCCCUGCUACCUGUUCGCGCGCAAGUUCUACCCCGAGGCGCUUGGCAACCUGAUGAACAUAUUCUCGAACUUCACCGUCAUCUGAGCAGCUGAAUGGAGGCAGGAACACAGCUAAGCAACUCUGUCGGAUCAGAGUCCAGACGUCGCCAACUACCUGCUGCCGCAACUCUAGUAGAUAGAUUGCUGGUGAUGGCUGCUGAGCUAAGGUUAUUUGCCAGCUCUUGAGACGGCAAGUUUUGCUGGUGUGGAACGAUGGCUAGGUUGGUGCGAUUUGCGAAUGUGACGUGUGGACUUCUGUUGUUGAUACUGCUGCAGAUGAAUUGUGAUUAAAUUUUAUGAUCUUUCAUCUAAAAUCCAAUGUCUCACGCAC